CCGCUCUCAACUCUGUUUUUGACCUCAUCCUAGUCCUUUCCUUUCCUACUAUCGUUUCAUUCUAUAAUAAUUAUCCUGGCCUACGAUCCCUAAUAUUUUCCCUCCUUCGCAAAAGUAUGGCGGACAUGCUCCAUGCCUAUUCUCUCCUCACGGCUUCUUCUACGAGAUCCCAUGUUUCUGAUGUCUUACAGACGAUCAUAGACACUUUACCAUCAACUAUCGAACAGUCGAGUCGAGCGGAGUUGAUCCAGCUUCUAAUAAAGGACCUUAGGACAGCGGGAUCCAAAACGAGCAGAUUGACGCAGAAAGAUGCAAGCCAUGCACUGCUCGCCCUCAAGACCCUUGGAAAAUCACCGGAAGGUUCAGAAUACCUCGUUACUCCCUCUGGGUUGUCUGCAUUGUUAGCUAUCGCGACGAAUAUGAAGGACGAUCAUGAAGCAACCCGUGAAACGUUGAGGUGCAUAGCAAACACGAUGUUGUUGUUUGACGAGGCGAGAUACAAGUUUGUUACGAAGGAGGUGGGAGGAGGGGAUAUCUGCGUUGGAAUGCUCCAUAAAGCGAGAGAUCCUCAACACCUAUUCAUACUCUCUCGUAUACUUUUCCUAUCAACGACAUCGCCCUCUACGUUCCUCUUAUCACUCGUAGAGGACAAACGACACGGCCAGACGAUCACAGAGAUUAUAUCCACGAAACUCGAUGUUCUCCUAGCCAGGCUUCUGGCUGGAGCCAAGUUGGCAAGAGAAGCCAUGUCAGAACUCCUCAAGUUUACUUUCAAUUUACUCCUUCACUAUCCCAAGUUAAUAUCUGUUGACAAGACUCAUUCUCGCACUUCGACUACUGCCAGAAGCAGAAAUAGCUCAAAACACGACGACAACGACCGAUAUUGGUCACCCAAACUAGAUGGCCUCUUACCACCCCUUCUACGUGUUUACCAUUCUCUACCGACAACUUUCCCUUCUCCCUUGAGCGCACCUUUGACACACGUCAUCCAUUCCCUUAUCUACAUGCCCGUAUCCGAGAAAUCCCUAAUUCCCAUUUGGCUAGGGUCCUCAGGGUCCUCACCAACACGGCGGUCACCGUCAUAUCCACAAUCCAACGGCCAUACUCAUAAUUAUUCCAGACCGAUGUCGAUAGCGGUCCCAAAUGCUAACGGCCGACCACUGACCAGCUAUACACAGGUGCCUUCUCAACAACCUUCACUGGGUGUCCCGCGUUCAAGACAUAGCAUCGACUCCCCACCUUCACCUCAAGACCAAACUUUUUCGAUAGGAAACACGACACCACCAAAACAGACGACAUUGGAUAAAGCGCUCUCCGUUCUAUCUCUGUCGGUCGCGACAGGGAAACAUCGACGAUCGCCUUCACCUCUCCCACCUCAUAAAGGGACGGGGCCAGGGAUGGACGUCGUUCAGAGGACACUGGAUCUUCUGGACGUAUCUUUUGCGCAUUAUAUGCCUGGAUGUGUCGAACCUUACUCAUUGGGAGUUAAGGAGAGAGUGAGAAUGGAGUAUCAAGUUCAGGCGACUCAGACUCAAGCUGGCUCUGCGUCGCCCUAUACUAGCUCGUGGAAGACUGCGACCAUGGGCUCGAUUUCUUCAUCUAGUGGUCUCGGGAAUGGGAGCGGGGUUAGCUCACCGGCAACAGCCUUAACUCUUACCCCAUCUAUAAACGGGAGCGGAACCCCUGAACUAUCAGAUAUACUUACCCCGCUCGUAACCCUCCUCACGCGACUUUGUUUCGCGGAUUGUAGGACACGGAUACGGGUUGCGAAUUGGUUAAUCCCGCUCUCCCUUUUCCUUUCUUCGUCUUGGUCAUCAUCAUCGUCCUUACCUUCUUCCGCACACCAAGACCGCUAUUCACCGACAACUACCAAUACUCCAUUAUAUAAGCAGCAGACAUUCCUAGGCCGCUGUCUCCGCAUCCUUCUAUGCACCCAUCCCACGAUUGCAAAGCUUAAAGAAGUGGUAGGAGAGCUGUUUUGGGUCGCAAGUGGGGAAGAUGCCUGGGUUCUUUCCAGCCGCCUCGGGUAUCCUUUAGUGAAGGAGUUAUUGGCUAGUAAAGGAGUGAUGAGUGAGCCUACGACUCCUGCACCUACUCCACUUCCCAAAGGACCUGAAAUAGGAUUUAAAUGGGAAGGAGGUGUUAUGGAUAUUCGAAGGAUGCCUGCAGCAGCAGCAGCUGCUGCUGCUGGUUUGAACGAGGAGAUGACGGAAGAGGAGAAAGAGGGAGAGUUGGAGAAGAUGUUUGGGUGGUUGGAUCGGUUGGAGAUGAGUGGGAGGUCUGGACCGGGGAUGGGGACGGGGACUGGACGAAGACGAUGAGAUGAUAUUUUGAGCGAAGGACGGGGAAAUUAGCAAUCGCGCGUCCCCCCUCAACCGAGCUUCCAAAGCUGUUUUUCUUGAAACGAUUCUGAACGACUGAGAACUGCAGAAGGAAUGUCGGUCAUGAAGUUAUGAAGGUCAAGUCGGGCUCGAAAGUCCAUAUUGAUAUCCUGCUGUAUCUCAUUCGCUUUUUUCUCUUUCGUUUGUUUUCUUGUGUGUUUCCCCCCCCUCUCUUGUUUCUUCAAUCUGUCCUGCUACUCUGCUACAAGAAUGUUGCGCUCCCUUUUUUCUAGCCCUUUUUUAUGACUUCUCAUACUGUUAUCUUUAUCACCAUACAUACCACAAGAACUAAUCCAUACCAGCAAUUCACGAUCACUCUACAUACUGCACGCCAGACCUAGCUAGCUACGACUAUUACAUCUUUACGUUGUUUCGAUCUGAAAGAAUCUUCCUGUUGUUGCCUGAAUAUAUGCAUAUUUUCCAC